CCGGCGUGCCCCGCGGGGGCGGGGCGGGCGGCGCCGCCGCUCCCGCUUUGUUGGUGCGCGGGGCCGAGCGGCGGCGGCGGCGGCGGGGCCGGCCCGGUAUGGGCGACCAGGAGGCGCUGCGGAAGAUCAUCACCACGCUGGCCGUGAAGAAUGAGGAGAUCCAGAACUUCAUCUACGCCCUCAAGCAGAUGCUGCAGAACGUGGAGGACAACUCGGCCCGGGUGCAGGAGGACCUGGAGGGCGAGUUUCAGUCCCUGUACGCGCUGCUGGACGAGCUCAAGGACAACAUGCUCAUGAAGAUCAAGCAGGACCGCGCCAGCCGCACCUACGAGCUGCAGGCCCAGCUGGCGGCUUGCGCCAAGGCCCUGGAGAGCUCGGAGGAGCUGCUGGAGACGGCCAACCAGACCCUGGAGACCGCCAACAACCACGACUUCCCCCAGGCUGCCAAACAGAUCAAGGAUAGCGUGACGAUGGCGCCCGCCUUCCGCCUCUCGCUCAAGGCCAAGGUGAGCGAUAACAUGAGCCACUUGAUGGUGGAUUUUGCCCAGGAGCGGCGCCUGCUCCAGGCCCUCGCCUUCCUGCCAGUGCCCAGCACCCCCGAGAUCGACCUGGCCGAGUCGCUGGUGGCCGACAACUGCGUGACGCUGGCCUGGCGGAUGCCCGACGAGGACAGCAAGAUCGACCAUUACGUGCUGGAGUACCGCAAGACCAACUUCGAGGGGCCGCCCCGCGCCAAGGAGGACCAGCCCUGGAUGGUGAUCGAGGGCAUCAAGGGCACCGAGUACACCCUCUCCGGGCUGAAGUUCGACAUGAAGUACAUGAAUUUCCGGGUGCGGGCAUGUAACAAGGCCGUAGCGGGCGAGUUCUCCGAGCCGGUCACUUUGGAGACCAGAGCGUUCAUGUUCCGGCUGGACGCCAGCACGUGCCACCAGAACCUGCGGGUGGAGGAGCUCAGCGUGGAGUGGGAUGCCACGGGCGGCAAGGUGCAGGACGUCAAGGCCCGCGAGAAGGACGGGAAGGGCAGGACGGCCUCGCCAGCCAACUCGCCCGCCAGGGUCGUGCAGUCGCCCAAGAGGAUGCCCUCGGGGCGCGGGGGCAGAGACCGCUUCACCGCCGAGUCCUACACGGUCCUGGGCGACACGCUGAUCGACGCGGACGACCACUACUGGGAGGUGCGGUACGACCGGGACAGCAAGGCCUUCGGCGUGGGGGUGGCGUAUCGCAGCCUGGGCAAGUUUGACCAGCUGGGCAAGACCUCGGCCUCCUGGUGCCUCCACCUCAACAACUGGCUGCAGGUCAGCUUCAGCGCCAAGCACGCCAACAAGGCCAAGGUGCUGGACGUGCCCGUGCCCGACUGCAUCGGCGUCUACUGCAACUUCCACGAAGGGUUCCUGUCCUUCUACAACGCCAGGACGAAGCAGCUGCUGCACACCUUCAAGGCCAGGUUCACCCAGCCGGUGCUCCCCGCCUUCAUGGUCUGGUGCGGCAGCUUCCACGUCUCCUCGGGCCUGCAGGUGCCCAGCGCCGUGAAAUGCCUCCAGAAGCGCAACAGCACCGCCAGCAGCUCCAACGCCAGCCUGACCUAGAGCCGGGCCCUGGCCCCCCCCGGGCCCCCCCGGGCGAGAGCACUGAAUGUACCGACCCCCCCCCCGCCCCGCGUACGCCGCCCUCGCCGCCCGCCCCGGGCACCGGCAGGGCUGUGCCAGCUCCCCGGGCCCCCGCCGGCUGCCGGCACGCGCUGGCCCCCACGGCCUCUGGGUCGCCCCCCCAACUCCGCGUCAUCCCCCCCCCUCGCUGCCACGGGCACCGGCCUGGGCGCUGCCCCCUCACCAUCGACAGCUGCUUCUGGCCUUAAGAAUAAAUUGGGAUCUAGGUGUGA